AUGGGAGAAGUACAAGUGAUUGGUGCAUCUCUAAGUCUUUUUUGCUGGAGAAUUGAAUGGGCUUUAAAGCUCAAGGGGGUAGAAUAUGAGUAUAUUGAAGAAGAUUUAAGAAACAAGAGUUCCAUUCUUCUCCAGUACAAUCCUGUGCAUAAGAAGGUUCCUGUGCUUGUGCACAAGGGAAAACCGGUUGUUGAGUCCCUUGUCAUCCUUGAGUACAUUGACAAAACAUGGAAACAGAACCCCAUAUUGCCUGCAGAUCCUUUUGAAAAAUCUGUCGUGAGAUUCUGGUCUAGGUUUGUUGAUGAAAAGUGUGUUGUUGGAGCUUGGGCUGCUUAUUGUGCACAAGAACAUGAGAAAGAGGAAGCUAUAAAGUCCGCACAAGAAUCAUUAGGAAUUCUGGAUAAGCAGAUUGAAAGUAAGAAAUUUAUUGGAGGAGAAAAACUGGGUUUCCUAGACAUGGUUGUGGGUUCUUUACCUAACUGGCUGGAGUUCAUAGAAGAAUUAGGAGGUAUAAAGUUGGUUGAUCCAGAGAAGUUCCCAUCACUCCAUGCAUGGGCACAGAAUUUUGUUGAAAUCCCAAUCAUCAAAGAGAGGAUACCAAUGGCAGAAGAUCUAAUUAACUACUUCAAAACUUCUGGGCUAGCGCCUCACAAGAAGUAG